AUUCAUUUUAUUUAUCGAAGGCUCGGAUUAGCCCAUAGCGUGCACGUGAUUUCACUGAAGUCAUGGUCAUCUAGCGAAUUUGUAAGUGACGGCCAGCUUGAUUCGCAGAGGACUUGAUCUUGGCUUUAUCACGGAUGUCGCCAAGUAAUCCCGAUUGGACGUAAUUCUUACUCGCCACGUGGGUUUCCUUUUCCUGAAGUUGAAGUGUUCCUGUCAUGCGCCAUCAGCUUUUACGACACACUCAAGAAUUGGACAGAUAUGCCUAAGAAGUCAUGAAAAGUUGGAAAAUUGUUGCUGGACUUUUGUGCAUUUGGGUUGCAGUUAUGAUGUAUAUGAGUAUGUCUGUCAUGCAAACUGGUGAAGCUAACCAGCUUACAGAGUAUAAGCUAAAACAAGCUUUAGAUGAAAUGGACAGAUUGAAAUCCCAGAAUGAAGAACUACAGAAAUUGGCUGUAGAUUUAAAAUCCGUGAAUUAUUUUGGAUUUUAGCGGUUUCCGAACUUGAAGACUUUAUCAAUGGCUUUACCAGGUCUUAUUCAAAGUUUUAAGGAAGACCUCUUGAUUGAUGAAAAUGGAGAAAUUAAAUUAAUUCGAGAUACUUUUCGUAAGGGAUUGUUAGUUUAUCUUUAUGGUGAAAAUAAAAAAGAUCGUGCAGCCACAGCACGUCAACUACAACAGCUGACAGAUGACUUUAGAUUGGCCAAUUUUGAUAGUGUGAAAACUAUUGUUCAGCGAACUGUACAAUCACUGGACAGUUUAAAAAAAAACACUCAGAGAAAUUGGACAUCAAUUUUAAAUUUAUUAAAUGAACCUUUAAAGUGUCCUCGUCCUGCAGUUGGAGAAGUCACACCAACUAUUUCAGAAGUCGAAUUUAAUUCUCCUCAGCCAUCAACUUCAUCUGCAACUCCAACAUCAUUGACUGUUACACCUCAACCAGCUUCUUUAAAGAGAGUAAAUUAUCACUCUGAGUGUUCUCCGUCUCCUAAAAAACUAAAGAUUGACUGCAAAAGCUGUGUGCAUCGUAGAACAUCAGUGAAAAAGCUAACAAAAUCAAGACGGAAUUUAUUAGCUGAGCUGAAAAUAGUGAAACCCCAAAGUUCAGAAAAAAUUAGAUUGUGUCAGGCUUUGACUCGUAAAGAAAAUAUUGAGACUUCACUUUGUGCUAAAGUCCGUGGUUUGAAGGCUGAGUUAGUGAAAAAAGAUCGAUGUAUUAAACAAUACAUUGUCUAAUACUUCUGUUUAUAAUGAUGUUUCUAAGACAAAAAGCGAAAUUUAAGUCCUGUUUGAAAAAAUUACAAGUAGAAAAUUUAGACAUCAAAAAUAAAUUGUCUCAGCUGGAAAGAGCUUAUGAAAAUCUAUCACUUGAAUUUGAAGAGGCCAAAACUGUUUGUAUCGUUAUAAGUUAUAAAAAAGAUGACAAAACCUACAGCGAUAAGUUUCGUAAAGCAGCUUAUUAUUGUCUACAAAACCAAGUACCUGUAGAGACAACAAGUAAUGUCAUAAACCAUGUUUUGGAAGAAUUAGCUGAUGUAUCUAUUGCCAAUUUUGCAAGUGCAGGAACAAUCAGCCAGUAUUCUUAUGAAUUGGGUGUAAUGAGUGACCUGCAGGUGGGAGAUGUCCUAAUUAAUAAUGAUAACCUAACAAGAUCAUGGGAUGCUACAUCACUAGCGGGUGAUCAUGUGAAUGAAAUCCAUAUAACAAUUGGAAUUGUGCCUCCCACAGGUUAUGUUAUGCAGGUGGCAGUUCUCCCUGGUGGUGAGGCAGUAGAUUAUGCUAAUCAUGUAAAGGAAAGUCUCCAUGACAUCGUUCAUACAUACUCAUCAUUUCACAAUAUAAGUGCUGUGGUGACUGAAAAAAAAGUAAUAAGUCAUUUGAAAAAUACCAUGUCUGAUUGUGUAAAUGUGAAUGCUGCUGCGGUGAGAGAACUCGAGAGAGACUUGGAUAUUAAACUUCUAUCGUUAAACUGUAAUGUCCACCCUCUAGAGAGUGUUGCUCGAAAAUGUUGGGAGUUGCUGAAAACCUAUGACACUGAUAAUUCUGUCGAAAGCAAUACCUUCGGCAGUGACUGUCGUGCCGCUAAUCUUUUGUACGGAAUCAGUAAAAUGCGCUACAAACAGGGCAAAGGCGAUCUACAUGGGUUUACGUUAUUUCUAAAAAAGCAUGACCUUAAGUGUGGUGUUAUUGUAAGAUAUGUCGGAAAUCGCUUUCACAUUAUUUUUCAUCUAGCUGGAGUUGUUAUUCACCUGUAUGAUAAGCUAUGUUUAUACUUCCAUAAAAUGUGCAAUAACCAGACCACUCUUCGCAGCGCAUUACUAAAAGAUCUACAAAACACUACAAUAGUUUUAGAAUUGCGUGUUUUAGGGCUAUUGGGAAAAUUACUUACUGGACCAUGGAUGGUAAAAUUUUAUGCAAACUAGUCUAAUCUUACUAAUCUUGAAACAAAUCCUAUGGUGAAUACCUGUUUAACCAAUUUGAGAUAUUUUAGGGAAAACCCAUUAUCUCUGUUGACUGUAAAAAAGGAUGUGUUUGACAGGGAACUGGAAGUUGAUGAUGGUGUUUUACAAGCUCUCUGUCAACCCCUGUCAAGUCUUUAUGCAGAAGAACAGUUUAAAAAAAUCAGCUGUUCAUUGGUGGAUGGUAUUAUUGGUGUCCUGGAAAGGCAACUCGAACGUUACAUUGGUGGUGAUUUGUCAAACCCUUCACCAGCUCUUUUGGAACAAACCAAGUCUGCCCCUACACAUAACAUGUUUGCAGAGUGUAUCAUGGGACUCACUGACCAUCAUUUUAAACGAGCUCUGAAUGCUACAACAGGCUUUAUAGAUAGAAAAGUGAAAUCCGCCAAAAACAACACCAUGUCAUGGCUUGCCAGUAAGACAUCAACUCAACAGAAAUCCAUCAUCUAUUUUGGUAUUACCAGAGCAAGACAAAUGAGAAAUUUGUGGAAAAAAAGGGCUGAAAAUAUUGCUAAAAUACAAGACCAUAGAGUGAGUAACAAGUUGCAGAAAUUUGACAAAAGCGCCCGUAUGAAAAUCGAACGGAACUUAAAGGACAUUUAUGAAAAAGGAGCAACAGUCGCGGAUAAGUUAUCCUCAUUUGACAGUGAAACGCAACAAUUUAUAACGACAGUUAUAAGUGAUCUUGCUGUCCUCACUGAUGUGUUUAUAGACCAUAUAUGGUAUGAUUCCGAUGAUGGUCAAAAACAUCUUUAUCAUGGAAAAGUUAUCUGGGCUCUAUCGCGUGCCAAAAUUCCAAAUCUAAAAGUGGCUUACUGGUCUCCAGAGGAAACAGUCGAGGAUGCAGUUGACUACAAGUUUACAGUAGUGCAGUUCCUGGCAGAUUAUUUGUCUGGUGAUUUAACACUAAAUGACAUGUAGGCCUAAAAUAAAACCAAUUUCGUCAUCAAUGUAGUUGGUCUCCGGAACCAACUGUCUAUCGCCAAAGAAGAUAAACUACCAAGAUCUCUGCAGUGUGUUGAAGGUUUUUGUAUUUCAGUCAGUGAGGGCUUCAAUCUGUAUACCUUUAUAUCUUCAUUAAAACCAAGUAUGAAUGAUCCAAACAAUGAAAGGUUAAAAUAUUUGAUUUUUGGAAAUAAAAUUUCAUGUAUCAUUUCUUUCUCAUGUCGUCAAGGUCAGCAGGACACCUAAAACACAGGAUAGAGACAAAGUAAUUAAGUAUCCUAUAAGCUGUGUACUUGAAGAACAUUUUGGCAAAAUUUCAGAUGAAUAUUUGAAAAACUGUUGAAGUUAUAUCAUUUUUACUGUGAUCGGUUAAGAUUUAUACAUCUUUUCUGGUCUGACCUUUCAAGAGGUCAAGGUCAAAGGUCAUUGAUAAUUAACAUUUAGGACCCUAUUAAUUUGUGCAACGCAGGCACCUUAUCUUAAGGAAUAACAUUUUGGCAAAAUUUCAGAUGAAAAACUGUUGAAGUUAUAUCAUUUUUACUGUGAUCGGUUAAGAUUUAUAGAUCUUUUCUGGUCUGACCUUUCGAGAGGUCAAGGUCAAAGGUCAUUGAUAAUUAACAUUUAGGACCCUAUUAAUUUGUGCAACGCAGGCACCUUAUCUUAAGGAAUAACAUUUUGGCAAAAUUUCAGAUGAAUAUCUGAAAAACUGUUGAAGUUAUAUCAUUUUUACUGUGAUCGGUUAAGAUUUAUACAUCUUUUCUGGUCUGACGUUUCGAGAGGUCAAGGUCAAAGGUCAUUGAUAAUUAACAUUUAGGACCCUAUUAAUUUGUGCAACGCAGGCACCUUAUCUUAAGGAAUACUUACUCCAAAUUUCUUGUUUGUACUUUUAAUAGUCUUGAAGAUAUGUGUUUUUAAGUGAUUAUCUAGCCGGAAAUUAUCACAAUUUUUAUUAUUUUAAUUGCAUUGUCUUCUCAUUUACAUAUAACAAAAGGGACGAAUUUUAACGAGGUUAAAUUUGAAUAUCUCGGCUUCUAGUUAAGCUAGCUCGAAAAACUAAACACCAUUGUUUAUCAUUUAAAAAGCUCUUUAAAAUGAAACAGGUUUGGGAGGUGUAACUAUCUAUCUAAAAAAAAUAGUAAAGUGCCUAUCUAUUGUCUAAGACAAAACGUGAAAAUAAACUAAUAAUUUGAUCUCUUUUAUUUCUUUUUAUUAUAAUAGAACGACGACCCUUUUUCGCUGAAGAUCAAACAAAACCUACUAAAUACAUUUCAUGCUUAUAUGUAACGCAUAACUUUGCCAAACUUUAUUUCAGAGAAAGCCAAUUUAAAAAGGAAUGUAUCAUAUAUUAAGUUUAAUUUUUAAUAAAGAAUGGAGACAUCAUAAAUAAGUUAAUUCGAUGUUUUUGUGGCAUGUACUAUAUUAGAUGAGAUCGAAAUAGCAUUUUAGAUUAGGGGUUACAGAACAACAAGUAAGGUGGAAUUAAAAAGUCAAAGGGAACUGUUCUUCAGAUUGAAUGGCGACGCCAAUCAUAAAAUUUUACUAAGUUCGUGCUGCCAGACUUUCUUGGCAGAAAUAGCUCUUUGAAAUUAAUGUCUCCGUUAGAAAUUUUGGCAUUUACCUGUGACAAUAAUUUUAGCUUCGUUUAAAAAUCGUGAAGCAUAUAUUUUCAACUUAGAAGAAAUGUUAGAAAAUGGCUAAAAAACAAUCAGCAUUGUUGAUUGUAAAAUAUUUUUGGUUCAUUUUCUGCUUGAAUGAUUGCUGAAUAAACGUUCAUGGACACGUAUUAGUCCGAUAAUACCUUGCUGACUUUUUCAUUUCGGCACCAAAGAGUCUGGUGGAUGCAUACUGUCAAUCAAAGUUCCAUAGUGAGAAUUGACACGUAACAUCAAAAGAAACCGUUUGACAGAACAUAUACGCCCCUUUAACAACAAACCUUGUUGUAGUCGUGUGGACAAUAUGACUUUUAUUGUUAAUUGUCAGUAGCAAUAAUUACAAAUUUUGAAAAGAGAUGUCGAUGUAUUUGUGAUUUUACAUGUAGCUUCAGUCCAUUCAAUAACCUGUAUUUAUUACUCAAAUGGUUUCUCAAUUAGCAGAAUGUCAAAAUAAAGAAAACACAGUUACACUUACAAUAUGACUAACUAUGAAGUUAUUCGUCGCGAUUUCACAGAGUUGUUAGGAUUUGGCCGUACCCCCACUCCACCCGCUACAUGUAAUACCAAUUUGUAACAAUUAAUUGUGAUUACUGUGUUACGGUAAAACUCCUGUUUUUAGGAAUGUGGAUAUGUGGGAUUGUUCAAUUUUUUUAAAAUCGGUACAGACUUGAAAGUUUGCGCAUGCAGAGCGUCUUCUGAACAAAAUGAUGUUUAGUCACCAUAUUUGCAGUUGUAUUAUGCACAAACGUCAUUCCUUAAAUAGCCCCACGCCCCUUUAACAACUUAUAAAGCAUGAUUUUUCUGUUAGGCAAUUUACUUCUCCGUACCAGUUGGAAACGUAAUUGUCUAAGGUCUAAAUGAAAUGUGAAGUUUAAUCAAAUAUCAAAUUGGAUUGGGGAACAGGGAAAUGUAUUUCUGCAUAAAAGUACAAUGCUGUUUGUUUCAAAGCUGCGUUGGGCUGUUCAUCUAUUUAAUGUGAUUUAUAUUUGAUAUUUGUGAUUGAUAUCCGACUGUCAUAAAAAAAAUGGCCUAUUAAAAACUAACAUCAAAUAACGACCAGGGUUCGAAAUAACAUGCGAACGGUCGUUCAGGUUACGCAUAGGUUACCAUGACCCGGAAACAUGCGAACGGACUUCCGUUCUCGAUUUUUUUUUAGUUAUUUGCAAUUUUGUAGAGUGUAGGCCCUAUUAGGAUUAACAAUAAUCCACUAAAUUGGCUUAGGGAUAUGGGCCCUGCUGAUUUAAUAAGCUUUAGGGGUAGCUGGCCAAUCUUUUAAUUGGCCCCAAAUCCCCCUAGGCUAAUUCGAGGGUUGGCUCUAAACAAAUAUGGCAGCAAAUUGAUGCAUCGUAACCUAUAGGUUACCAUUUGAAAUUUGAUGCAGAUUAGCGUAACCUAUUUUGAGGUUACCAUAUAAGAGGCUUAUUUCAUACCCUGACGACCUAUAUGUUCUUUCUUAAAGAAUUCAGAUAUCAUAAAUUAUCUGCUAGCUAUUAUAAAAUUGUACAAUACACAAACAGGGUAAGCGAUAUGAUCAAUUCUUCCCCAAGAGCUACCAAAUUAUCAGAAUUUUCAACAAAAAAAUUGACAAAUUUUAUAGUUUUAUAUCAAUAUCUUCUCAAAUAAAGUAACCGAAAAGUUUUCCCCAACACGUGCGAAUAAGCUCGUGCAAGCCUUUACAUGUAUAAAUAGAAUUGUUACUUUGAUCAAGGAGCCGUUACUGAGAUUGACGACUCCGUGCUCUGCACGGACUAUUCGUGAAAUGUUAAGACGUGAAGUCUGAAAUGGUAGGGCUGACAUUUGAAUUAUAUUAUUUUUUUGAUCAGGAAUCCAGUUAUAUGGUACAAAUUUGAAGACACAAAUAAUAACUUGUCGGAAGACGAUAUUAAGUAUAUUUUUUAAAUCAUUUAACAAUUAUGAUCUAU